AGGUCAAGAAUUAAACAUGGCGGCCCGCAGUUUGCUAAGGUCUAUUUGGACCUCAUUUGCGGGUUUAAAACAGGGUUUCACGGGGACCAGCGUUAAUUCACUCCUCAGGGUUAAUGUUCCCCAGAUAUCUGCUGUGGCCAUGCAGACAAGAGGAAUUCGUCAAGUGGUGGAGAAAAAAGACGGCAAAACAACAACUAUUGAGGGACAAAUCAUAGAAAUACCAGCAGGACCACAGCCUCCAAAUCCUACAGCCAAGUGUCCUAUCUACAGGUGGAACCUGCAACACAAAUACAACUACACUGACGUCUUAUUGCUCAGCCAGUUCAUCAGGUCAGAUGGAGGGAUGCUGCCCAGACGAAUCACCGGUCUUUGUUUGGAGGAGCAUCGCAAGAUUGCCAUCUGCGUGCAGAUGGCGCACAGAGCAGGUCUGCUGCCUGACCACAAACCCAAACUUCCAGAGGAUCACGUCCCAAAGAGACCUAAACCCCAACUGAACAGGUACUUGACUCGCUGGUCCAUUGAUUCGGUGAAACCCAUCUAUAAGAGAGGACUGAAGUGGUGCAAGAAGCGCAUGGAUGUAGGUCACCCAGCACUGAGGAACAACGUGCGGUACGGAGUGAAGCCGCUGUACAUAAAGCACUGAAGGACAGAAAGGACAGAUCAGCUGGAGGAGGCGGGGUCUUCGGUUUUUAUUUGAUGUAAUCUGGAUUUAUGUCAUAAAGGCGUGGGAGACAGCCCGUCUGAAGCAUAACUUUUGUUUAUUAAUCUGCAUCAGACCUAUUAUGAGUCAUUAUCAGCCCCACCCAGAACCAUCUUUCCUGACUUUCCAAACAUUCUCAGACAACUUUAAUGUCACCAGCAACCGGGCUCAGUGUUACACUUUCAAAGUAGGCGGUAUGUUGACUGUCUAAACACAAUGCAAAACAGAUGUUUAAAUAAAAUGACAAUGCUUGCUCUCACUC